AUGCGAAUCUGCGACCUGUUUGAGCAAUGCCAUAAAUACGCAUCUUCAUAUCACUUUAUCAAAAGAUUCUCUAACCGCUACUAUGAGAGACUAUUAUUUUGCCUUAUCCAAUACCCUAUGGGAGCGCCUUAG